UUAAUCAUUGUUCCAAAUUUCAUAUCCAAGUCAAAGCUUCUCUCCCUUCAUUAUCUGAUGGCCUGCUUUCCCUUUAGACCAUUCUAAAGCCUUAAUCCACAAAACAAAAUUUGAUUUUCUAGUUCAUCAAGAGAAUCUCUCCCCCACUUUCCCUCUCUAAUCCGCCAUGCUUUUAAUUUUCUUGUAGAAGUAAAGAAUUACUAGAGAUUUUGAUCUGGGUUCGGCUCACUAUGAAGGAUUUUUCAAUUCAUGGUCGGAAGAUUGCUACUUUACUCACAUUAUCAACUGGGAUCAUAUGGGUUUCUUUAGUUUCUUCUGUAAUUGGUGAAGAUGAUGUCAAAUGUCUGCAAGGUGUUAAGACUUCGCUUAGUGACCCACAAGGUAAGCUCAACUCCUGGAACUUCGCCAACUCAUCAUCUGGGUUCCUCUGCAACUUUGUCGGUGUGUCUUGCUGGAAUGAUCAAGAAAAUAGGAUUAUCAACCUGGAAUUACGGGACAUGGACCUGGCUGGGCAACUCCCUGAGUCCUUAAAGUAUUGUAAGAGCCUGCAAAAUUUGGAUCUUUCAUCUAAUGCUUUAUCUGGAACAAUUCCUUCUCAGAUCUGUACAUGGUUGCCUUAUUUGGUUACUCUUGAUCUAUCCAAUAAUGAUCUUUCAGGUUCUAUACCACCUGAUCUUGUGAACUGUACUUAUUUGAAUAAUUUGAUACUUUCAAACAAUCGUCUCUCUGGACCUAUACCUUUUGAAUUCUCUAGUUUGGCUAGGCUGAAGAAGUUUUCUGUUGCAAACAAUGAUCUUACUGGUACAAUUCCUUCCUUCUUUAGUAAUUUUGAUUCUGGGGAUUUUGCUGGGAAUGAUCUUUGUGGGGAGCCUUUAGGAUCCAAGUGUGGUGGGUUAAGCAAGAAGAAUCUUGCUAUUAUAAUUGCUGCUGGGAUUUUUGGUGCUGCAGCAUCUUUGUUGUUGGGUUUUGGGGUGUGGUGGUGGUAUCAUUUGAGGUAUUCUAGAGGGAGAGCAAGAGGGUAUGGCAUUGGAAGAGGUGAUGAUUCCAGUUGGGUUGAUAGGUUGAGGGCUCAUAAGCUUGUUCAGGUUUCAUUGUUUCAAAAGCCCAUUGUUAAGGUUAAAUUGGCUGAUUUAAUGGCGGCUACUAACAAUUUUAGCCCUGAGAAUAUCAUAAUUUCAACCAGGACUGGUACUACCUACAAGGCUGUUCUUCCUGAUGGAUCUGCACUCGCAGUCAAGCGUCUUAGUACUUGUAAGCUUGGAGAGAAGCAGUUUCGCCUGGAGAUGAAUCGGUUGGGACAGCUUAGACAUCCAAAUUUGACACCUCUUUUGGGUUUUUGUGUUGUGGAGGAUGAGAAGCUUUUGGUUUAUAAGCAUAUGUCUAAUGGAACUUUGUAUGCUUUACUUCAUGAAAGUGGUGCAUUAAUGGAUUGGCCAACGAGAUUCAGAAUCGGUUUGGGUGCUGCUAGAGGUCUAGCUUGGCUUCAUCAUGGAUGCCAGCCUUCAUUCUUGCACCAAAACAUAUGCUCCAAUGUGAUUCUUGUUGACGAAGAUUUUGAUGCUAGGAUCGUAGAUUUUGGAUUGGCAAGGCUCAUGACUUGCUCGGAUUCUAACGAGAGUAGUUAUGUUAAUGGGGAUUUAGGAGCAUUCGGUUAUGUUGCACCCGAGUACUCGAGCACUAUGGUUGCUUCAUUGAAAGGGGAUGUGUAUGGAUUUGGAGUGGUACUUCUAGAGCUUGUGACAGGGCAAAAACCUCUUGAUAUUAGUACUGCCGAAGAAGGAUUCAAGGGUAACUUGGUGGAUUGGUUGAAUUACCUUUCGAGUUCUGGUAGAAUCAAGGAUGCAAUCGAUAAGACUCUUUGCGGGAAGGGACACGAUGAGGAGAUCUUGCAGUUCCUGAAAAUUGCUUUGAAUUGUGUGGCUGCUCGACCAAAGGACAGAUGUUCGAUGUACCAAGUUUACCAAUCAUUAAAGGCAUGUGGCAAAGACCUCGGUUUCUCCGAGCAAGAUGAAGAAUUUCCAUUGAUUUUUGUCAAGCAAGACAGUUAUUGAACAAAUGUAACUAUGGAACAAAGACGGGAGAAAAGAAGCCUGACAAAACAGUAAAGACACUUUCUUUUUCAUAUUGAGUUCACACAUUUUCUGGUAAGUUCUCAAAUUUCCUGGAUGUAAAUGGUGUGAUGUCAACUUGAGCUUCCUUUUCUCCAAUUGUUAUGUAUAAAUUAGCUGUAUGAUAAAAUAAAACAUUUCCUCAGAUCAGGUUUCUUAAUUUUUAAGAAAAAUCCAUUGUUUUCCAUUCAUGUUUUAUGACAAACAACCUUUGUAGCUGCCUAAAAGUAUUUGUAAUCUGCUGUGUCUGGAGCCUUAGAAAUUUGGCCUGCAACUCUGCAUAUAUUCAUUUGUUCUGCAUCAA